GCGCAGGACGUACGCUUCUAGACGAACACAUUCGAUGCUCAGUACGAUAAAAGCUGUUGCUUGAUAGAACACGCUGCCGCCAAACUGUUAGCAGUCGUUAAAGUGGAGAAGUUAUUUCCACGACAAAGGGCAUCCGACAUCACACCGGCGCCUGGGCUAUCCAAAAAAUAAACAAACUCAAACAGACUCAUACAGUGAUACCAGAUGGCGAUCCAACGGCAGCCGAGUGAACAUCGAACGGAAGAGAAUGACUAUUCUCCAUCUCUUUUAAUGUGGGGUGGGCUUCUUUUUGCGUUAAUUUCUUGCCUAAUAUUUUUUGGAAAUGUUUUGAAUGCCGAUGAAAGGAUUGAAAGGAAUGACAAACUAAUACUUGUGGGACACAACAGACUGAUUAUGAACGUAGCUAAUGUUACCAACAAUAACCUACGAGAGUUUGACCUCAACUGGGACCUGCGGCGGCAUCCCGUUUGGAGCAAGAUUAACACUUUCCGCACGGAUCUGAUCCGUCUCCGAGCUGGACACGUAUAUGGCCAGAUGUGGUACGUCGGUGCAAACUGUACCGAUUCUCCCUCUGAAGCGACACAAAGAGUGUUUGAACAAAUCGACACACUAAAUCGUUUGAUCGAAAAACACCACCAUGAUCUUUCGCGGGUCACAUCCCUAACUCAGAUACUGGAUCCUAUUAGGCGGGGAAAAAUAAGGUCCCUGAUCGCUGUGAAAGGCGGACAUACGAUCAACUCGAGGCUCGGACUGUUACGCUCACUGCACGCACUCGGCGUAAGAUGUAUGUCGCUGGCAUCGGAACAAAAUUGCUGCAACUGGGUUGACUCAUCGCUCGUUGACAUCGUCGACAUCGAUUCUACCCACCUGAGAACGGAUCUUUCCCUUUGGGGACGCCUGGUUGUGUGGGAAAUGAACCGUCUCGGUAUGAUCGUGGAUCUGUCGUACGCAAGCUACGGGGCAGCAUUGGAUGUGCUGCGGUAUAGCCGGGCCCCGGUCAUUUUCAGCAAUGCCGGGGCGUACGCUAUCAACAGGCACCAUCUGAACGUGAAGGAAGACGUACUGAUCCCGCUUGCCACACAGGGAGGCCUUAUUAUGAUAACCUUCGACCCGGAGAUUCUGGGAGGAUACACAAUCGAUAAUGUGCUUGAGCAUCUGAACUACCUGAGGGACGUCAUCGGAUCGGAUCACAUCGGAAUUGGGAGUGGAUUUGAGAGCUUCGAUGGCGCCAUCGAUGGGUUGAAGGAUGUGUCCAUGUUUCCAAACCUGUUCAACGCCCUCCAGCAAGGAAAGUACGCCGAUGGGGAAACAUUCCAACCAUGGUCCGAAGAAGAACUCAAUAAGCUUGCAGGAGUAAACUUUCUGCGCGUGUUCGACGAAGUAGAGCUGGUGAAGCGGCAACUCUCGCACGAGCAACCGUUCGAAGACGAUGGCUCGGAAGAUGCGUUAGAUUGAAAUAAAAUUGUUUAUAGUCGAUCCGUGUAA